GGCCUUGAGUUCCCACGUCUCUAGCGCGCACAAGGUGGUCAAGAGAAAGGAUGGAGUCUUUGGAGACGGCUACGCGUCUUGAACUGCACGUGGGUUGUCGAGAUCUGAAACGCUUGCACAUGGUUGACUACUACAACCCGCCGAAUCCACUUGUAGUUCUGUACUGUCAAAUUUUACAGACUUCUUCGUAUCAAGAGAUGGGACGAUCAGAAAUAAUUAAGAAUUCAUCAAAUCCAGAUUUUCUAUUUUCCUUUUCUCUUGAUUAUUCAUUUGGUGAAUGUCAAAAAUUGAAGUUUGAAGUAUAUGAUGUCGAGAACAAGCAGGUCAAGUUAGACGAACAGGACAUGCUUGGAUUCAUGGAAUGCAAUGUUGGAGAAAUUGUCAGUGCUUUAUCAUCUAAACUUAGGAGACCAUUGUGUUCAAAAAACAAAGGCAAGUCCAAUGGACAUAUUAUUGUUUCAGCGGAAGAAUCGUCUGGAGGAAAUGACAUGGUCUGUCUGCAUUUUAGUGCAGCUGGUCUUGACAAGAAGGAUUUCAUGGGCAAAUCAGAUCCUUAUCUUGUGCUGCUUAAACGAACAGAUUCUGGCUGGGUUCCUGUUUACAAGACAGAGGUUGUGAGAAAGACAUUAAAUCCUUCAUGGAGGCCUUUAUCUUUACCUGUUCGUACAUUGUGUAACUUUGAUUAUAACAGGAUGCUGAAGAUUGAGUGUUAUGACUGGGAAAGAGAUGGAAAGCAUGCUCUUAUUGGAGCAUUUACAAGCACACUAAAUGAAUUGAUGAUGUGCAGCAGAGGCCGAAAAUCAUUUGAAUGCAUCAACGAGUCAAAGAAAGGCAAGAAAAAUUACAAAAACUCUGGAAUUAUUACACUGUUCAGAUGCAGCAUUACACCUAGACAUUCGUUUCUGGAUUACAUACGAGGAGGUUGCCAGAUUGGUUUUACUGUGGCUAUUGAUUUUACGGCAUCAAACGGUCGUCCAUCAUUGCCUACUUCAUUGCACUACAUUAAUCCAUAUGAACCAAAUCCAUACUGUAUGGCUCUCCAGACGAUUGUAGAAAUCAUUCAAGACUAUGCCACUGACAAAAUGUUUCCUGCACUUGGUUUUGGUGCCAAAGUACUACCCUCUACGGAAGUGUCUCAUGAGUUUUUCUUGAAUGGUGACAUUUGUAAUCCGUAUUGCAAUGGUAUUGAUGGCUUGUUGGAAGCUUACAGGAACACUAUGAAGAGAGUACGUUUUGAUGGACCGACCAACUUUGCUUCUGUUAUCAAUCAUGUCGCCAGAUUUGCUGGGAAGCAGAGAUCAUCUGGUUUGGGUUACUUUAUUCUUCUUAUCAUGACUGAUGGUGUUAUCUCUGAUCUGGAAGAAACAAAAGCUGCCAUUGUUCGAGCAUCCGGACUGCCAAUGUCCAUUAUUAUUAUUGGAAUUGGAGAUGCUGACUUUACAGCAAUGACUGUAUUGGAUGCUGAUGUAGUACGACUUGAGUCAAACGGAAAGUUUGCCGAAAGAGACAUUGUUCAGUUUGUUCCAUUCCGAAAUUUUGUAUCCAAGCAGAGAGGACGCGAUGCUGUCGUUGGGUCAGCUCAGUUAGCACGGUUUGUACUGGCUGAAGUCCCGGAUCAGUUUCUUCAAUAUAUGUAUGCACAUGCGAUUGAGCCAAAAGUUCCAGUCACCAAUAGCACAAGUUAAUUAUUUAGUCAAUAUUUUAGUUGAGCAGAGACAGUGCAAGUCUACGUUUAGUUGAUUUUUUGUAAGCUUAUUUGCUGAAACUUUUCCUUUCUACACUGUAGUAUCCAAUUUCUAUUUGGCUUCAAGUCUGUGACACAGUUGUCAGUAGUAGACUGACUACAUACGUACCCAGGCCUGACAUGUAAUGGUGGCAUUUACAAUGCGAGAAAAAAAGACAUGUGACAGAUGGAGACGUA